CAAAAACUCAAAGACUUUCUUCACAGUUCACACAAAACAUAACUUCAGCAUUCAAAAGCUAUUUCUUUAUUUAAUACUUCCUCCACAUCCUAAAGAAAAAUGGCAAUCAGUAUGGGACGCAUUCUCCGUGGGAAGCAAGGAGGCCUUAGAAGGUCUUCCUCAAGAACAAACAGAGAAAGUGAGGUUCCUAAGGGCCACUUUGCAGUUUAUGUAGGGGAGAGCGAGAAGAAACGUUUUGUCCUUCCAAUAGCAUACUUGAAGGACCAUUCAUUCCAAGAACUGCUAUGUCAAGCUGAAGAAGAAUUCGGAUUUGAUCAUCCAAUGGGUGGGCUUACAAUUCCUUGUCCUGAGGAUACCUUCCUCGACAUCAUCUCUAGCAUGAGUAGUAGAUCCUGAUAGACUUCAGAUAUCUUAGUUCCUUGGCAUCAAAACAAUUUUGUAGAGAAGCUUAUUCUUGUACAAUGUUCUAUUCUUUUCCUUCCUGGAAGGAGAGUUUUAAGCAGGGCUGAAAGAAAAACUUUCCACUCCAAAGGGCCAUUGACAUUUACUCUUCACACUACUCUCCAACUUCAUUCCCUCACAUUCUAAUGAAUCGAAAUGCUUUCUUCUGAGUGAUCAACGCUGGCUGACUCUAGCUCCAUUAUGCAAAACAGUUACUAAAAAUGCCAUUCUGCUCAGGAUCUUUCAACCAGCAUUUGCCCCAAUCUCUGCCUUGCCAAAAUAUGACUACCAUAAAUGAGGCUGUAAAAA